AUGGCACUCAAAAGUCACCACGAUGGCAUUACCAUGUGGUGCCCAGAGCCUGGUUGGAUGCAGCAGCCUGAGCAGAUGUUGCUGACCUGCUCUUAUUGUUUGUCCUGCACGGAGUCACAGGGUUCACCCGCUCAGCCACACCAGCCCACGGACCGUCGGACCCCCCUCCUCUCGAGUCCGCCAUUCAGGGCCCCGGAGGCGCAUGCGCGUGGAGGCGGACAUGGCGGCGGCGCUGGGGCUGCGGCGGAGCGGUGGCCGCGCCUCAGUCCCGCUGUUGAGGUUUCCGCUGCUGAGCGCGGCCCUGGGGCUCCCGGGUGGAAAUCAUCAGUCAGUUUUCUUACUCGACCAGAUCGACCGAAUCUAGCCUACCGUAAGCUGAAAGGCAGGAAUCCAGGGGUUAUUUUCCUUCCAGGCUUGCAGUCAAAUAUGAAUGGUCAGAAAGCAACUGCCCUUGAAGAUUUCUGCAGCUGUCUAGGUCAUGCCUUCGUCAGGUUUGAUUAUACAGGAUGUGGAAGUUCACAGGGGAACUUUGAGGAGUGUACGAUUGGGAAAUGGAGAAAAGAUGUUCUGUCUAUACUGGAUGAACUUACAGAUGGACCACAGAUUCUAGUGGGCUCCAGCUUAGGAGGAUGGCUGAUGCUUCAUGCUGCAAUAGCACGCCCAGAUAAAGUCGCUGCUCUAGUUGGAGUAGCUGUAGCAGCAGACCAUCUUGUGACUGCCUUUAAGAGGCUUCCCAUUGAGGUACAAAAAGAAAUAGAAGAGAAAGGUGUGUGGAAGUUUCCAACAAAGCAUAACGAGGAAGGAUAUUACUCCUUGACCUACGACUUCAUUAAAGAAGCAGAAAAUCACUGUCUGCUCAAUAGCCCUAUCCCUAUAAUGUGUCCCAUCCGUCUUAUUCACGGCAUGAAGGAUGGGGACGUCCCUUGGCAGAUCUCUAUGCAAGUUGCUGAUCGUGUUCUGAGCAAAGAUGUGGAUGUCAUCCUCCGCAAAGCCGGCCAACAUCGAAUGAGUGAGAAGGAAGACACAAAACUUCUUGUGAAUACCGUUGAUGAUUUAAUUGACAAGUUGGCAAUGCUAACAUAAUCUGCAGAGCAGCACGAAUAGAUGAAGCCUACACCUGACUCUUUUCCAUCAGUAGCAGAAACCCUGUUCUCACUGAGAUUAUUCUAGUGGCGUGACUAUCACAGUAGGAACAGAGCUCUAUCUGCUGUUUCCUUACCUCUGUUUUGUAAAUAUAGAUAUAUUUUUUUUUAAUGCUGCAUUUGCACUGAUAGACCAAAAUGUAAGGAGGUGCUGCUGCUGGGUAUAGAACCUCUGCUUUACCUCUUAAAUCUUUUUUUUCCACGAGCUUCCUACCCUUUUGUACUGAAAUGCUCGUUCAGUUUUGUUACUGUUGACCUUGUACAGUACAAGUUCAAUUUCCCAUGUUUUUGAUGCUGUUUCAGUACAGUUGUUUUCCUAUAAUGUUGUAUUUCAUCCAUCUGUGCAAGGCAGUGCACAAUUUAAGUGUUUACUGAAUUUGCUGAUCUAGUGAACAAUAUGAAGUAAGCAGACUCUUCAUCACUGAUGGUAGUAUUCUUAAGCAGUAUUUACAUUCUAAAAUGAAAGGCACUCCCUGACGGUGUGCUUGGGGUGAUAAAUAAGGAGUAAGUUAAUUUGGGAUUUCCUUAUAAUAUAUGAAGACAAAACUUAACAAAGAUGAAUGCCCCCACUCCUGUUGCAGAGGCUUUAAGAGCUUAAGGACAUACAGCCUUAAAGUACAGGUAGAACCCUUUUAUACAUGCUCAUCGGAAGUACUUAAUCUCUUCAUGCCUUUCAUAAAAAAUAAUUUAUGGAACUACUGUUAAGGGAAUAAUAUAUCAUCUUGGUGUUAAGUCAGCAGUUUCACAUCUUCCUUAAGUUUUGAAGCUUUACAACCUCUUGAAGACAUACUUUUGAGGAAAAUGAACAAAGACAACAUAUGCAGGUUGCUCAGCCCUUUCCACUCCUGAAGGCUCAAUGUGUUUAUGUAUUGUUGAACACUUACCGUCUAUGUGUAGCCAUGGGACACUUGCACAUAAUAAAACCUGAAAAGUUUUGUGAGUUAUAUAGACAUAGGGAAAUCACAAUUAAGUUAAUUAAAAACUUUCUGCUCAUAGAUUACCCAUGAUAAUUUUUAAAUGUAUUUUUUCACAUCUUUUGGAUUGCUUUGCCUCCUAAGAAAAAGUUGAAAAAGGUGCAGUGCAGGAAUUCAGGAAUAGUUAAUAUCAAUUAAGGCUUAAAAUUAGCAAUUAUGAUAGAUGCCUUUUAGGGUUUUUUUUGUUUGGUUUGGUUUUUAAUUGAGGCUCAUGCCUAUAAACAUUCAGUUCAACUGUAGUAGUUCAGACAGGGAAAUAUGUUUAUAUGUGUGCAUAAUCUGGAGCUGUGUAACUCUCUCGAAAGAAUUACACUGUAUUCUUCCAAAGCUUCACCACAGUGUUUAUUUAAUUAUUCAUAUUUCAUGGGUAAGGUCGUCUUGUUGCAGUGCCUUUGAGCAAGACAGUGGAAAACAGAUGUGAGGGGAACAGUUGUGUGAGUGGUUUGGAGAGUGGGUUUUUGUCUCGCCACUGUUGUAACAGCGUUCAGGUGAGAGAAGGCAGAUGAGCAUAGUUGUUGAGGAUACAAAACUGCAGCAUCAGUUGCCUUAAUGUCAGCAUUACCAAAGGGUCAUGAUAGGGGUAUUUUUGUGCUGGUUGUUUGGUAGAUCUGCCUGUUUUCCUUACUUCUCUCCUUGCUGAAUGGCAGUUAGUGAUAGCAUUUACAUUACAGUUACAGCCCUCACUUGUUAUAUACGGUGUAAGUGCAAAAACAGGUUGUACUUCCUUAGUAGAGAUAUUAUUCCAGACAGUGCAUUGAGAUUCAGUGGAUACUAGUGUCCCUCUCUGUUCUCCCUUGCCACUUUAUUAACUCAGUAUGUAUUCCUGUAAAUAUGAAGAGGCAGACUUUUUGUAGGCAGAUGUUUUUUCCUCUAAAUUUACCACUGUAGCUCUGUUCUCAUUGCAGGCACAGCAUUUUCCUUGUGUUCAGGCUGGAAACUGCCAGCAUUUUGAUCACUGCCAGCUUGUGUUCAGAAUGCCAGGAAGAGGGGAUAGAUGAUAACCAAUAGGCUCCAACACGUUCUCUGUUACCAUGCUCAUGUUGUCAAAGCUGUGCUGCUAAUUGCAGUAACAGAAAGUCUGAAGGAAAACAACAUUAUGGCACAGCUAUCCCAAUGCUGAAACCAGAGAUUUACAUCGUACUGAUGGCCAGCUCUUGACCUCUCAGGAAGUCUUGACAAUCUUGAGUAACGAAAUAUUUGUAUGUUAGAGUGUUGUCAGUUUAUUUUCAAUACUGUAUUUGUCCCCAGAAUUACUGCAUGUGGCAUCUCCUUCAUCUUUGCCUUGUCAGUGUCUGGAUAAUGAAUCGUUUUCAAUGUU